AUAAUUCAAGUCUCUCUUCCUCUCACGCACCCAAGUCGGUGUUGGUCCAAGGCCUCUCACGCUCUCCCAAAGCUUUCCAUCAAUGGCUUCUCCACACAAAAUCAUCAUCUCUCCAGUCUCUCUCCUUCUUCUACUUCUCACCCUUUUCUCAGAAACCCAUCUCUCUCUAUCCCUUAGAAACCCAAAAGGGCCAAAACUCAAUCCCAACCGUCCAUCCUCCCCACUCCAAUCCAUUACAGACGUCCACGACCUCCUCCCCCAGUACGGCCUCCCAAAGGGUCUUCUCCCAAACAACGUCAAGUCCUACAAUCUCUCCGACGACGGCUCUUUCAGCAUCGAGCUCGCAAACCCAUGUUACGUUCAGUUUGACCAGUUGGUCUACUAUGGCAAGAAAGUCAACGGAAAGUUGAGCUAUGGGUCUGUGUCCAGUGUGUCUGGGAUUCAAGCCAAAAAGUUGUUUAUUUGGGUCUCGGUGACUGGGAUUCAGGCCGAUAAGGAGUCGGAUUCGAUUGAGUUCUACGUUGGUGCUUUGUCGGAGAAGCUGCCAGCUAAACAGUUUGAAGAUAUUCCGGUGUGUAAAAGCAAGGCCUGCACUACUGGCACUCACCCAGAGUCGAUCUGAGGCGAAGAGAACCUUUACAUCGUUGUGCUAUACUGAUUCGAUUUUAAAGAUGUCCAAGUUCAGCCAUAUGAUAUGGCUGGGGACAACAGAAGCAAUUACUUAUUUGAAUUUGUAAAUAUUCUACUUGUUUAAUAACUCUGCACAUGUUUCCAUGACUGCCGAGGCAUUGAUCUAUAAAUAAAUCUCCUCUAUGAUCCAUCAUGAAAAUUUCAUGCUUCAUUUAUAUAUUCAGAUUCAUAAUUUCAGAA